CACACACUACACACACUCUUCGGAAUGAAAAAACGACUUUUCUUCUUUCUCAAGGAUAUAUACAUAUGCGCGAUAUUUCGAAUUUAGUGCGCUCAAAAACGUGUCAGACACGUGUUUGAUGGUGAACAGCGAAAGCCGACACUUGUGGAUUAAUUAAAUAUUGCGCAUUUGACGAGGAAAUACAAUAAAGAUGAAUGAGACUGUAUUGCCACCCUCACCGAACUGGUAUCUGAGUAAUAUCCUGGUUUGCUCGAAACAGGGAACUUUGGCAUGGGGCACCAAGAACUUUAUUGUUGUUGCCAGACAGAAGGAGGAUCAAAGUGGUCUACAGUAUUUGCUAAUUAAUGAUGCUUUUAAGAGUAAAGUGACAUCAUUAGCAUUCUGUCCUAAUGUCGAUAGUCCAAACAGUCCAGAAUUGCUAAUUUCUGGUGGCGAUGACGAUAAUGUCAAAAUUUGGAACGUAGAUACAUUAGAAUUGGUCUCCAAGUUCUCCUUUAAGGAUGGGAAAUCAAUUAUAGGAGUUGAUUGGUCGGUCAAAGAUACCAAUCUUGCAUAUGCAAUAAAUUCAGAGGGUUUACUAAUGUAUUGUUACAUGUCUUAUGAAACGUCGAAGACAAUAUGUCUAGGCAAGCUAAUUCCUACAUGUUUAGCAUCAUGCCCCCAUGAAUCGAAUCUUGUAGCGAUAGGUACCAAAAGUGGAUUAAUUCAUAUUGUUCAAGGCAAAACAAUAUUAUACAAACUUAGAGGUCACAACGAGGAAAUAGUCAGUUUAUCAUGGUGUCCUUCGGAUAUGAAUAUCUUAAAUGGAAAUGAUAAAAGAGAUUUACUUUUAGCUUCUGGUGCAAAAGACCGAUCUGUGUUUAUUUGGAGAGCUGGUAGAGAUGGUAGAUACGAGACUGUGAUAAAUAUGCCAAAUUUGCCACUUGUAAAUACUUGUCAUAAAGGCAAAAUUAACACUACGACUGGUACUGGUACUGGAACUUGGAUUGCGGUGUGUUGGAUAGAACCUAAAGUGCUUUUAACUUCCUCUCUUUGGGGUGAACUUCUGUCUUGGGAUCUUUCUACAAACAACACCAAACCUACGUGCAAGUUAUUUCAUACAUACCAUACCAGAGGAUUGUUUUGCAUAGCUGCUGCACCCAAAAAUGAUACCGCAUCUGACAAUUGGAGAACAGAAUCCGAAUUCACGGUUUGGACAUCGGCACAAGAUCGUUGGAUUAUAGGUUGCAAACGAAACAGCGAUCUUACUAAACCAGCUGUCCUGGAAUAUAAAAUUCCUACGCAAGGAGGCUUUAUUUACUGUAUGGCAGCUUGUGACAUCGAUACUUUGCGCAUUGUAUUUGGCGUUGGAGACGCGAUAUUGCGUCUGUGGAAUUUGUCUGACCCUGACAAUGUAAAAUGUUUCGAUGUUGUUUCGCAUUGGCAGAAGAUAAAAGGAAAAAUAAGAGCGGUAUCGUGGUUUCUUGAAGAUGAAUCCAUCGUGGCUUUUGGUACUGGAGAAGGUCGCAUUGGUGUAUUCGAAGCAAUUGGGACUAAUAAACCACCUAUAUUAUACAAGCAGUAUCAUAGAAAUACUAUUUAUAAGCUUGAAUGGGCUAAACUUGAAGAGGAUUUUUAUUUAUUCUCCUGUGCGGAAGGGGAAUUAGUAGCGUACAAAAAAUGCGCGCCAAAUGACGAACCCAUGUCCAUAAUCAAGGAAGAAUGCACGGAAUUUGCUUGGAAAUCCAAUUUGUGCUUAGCGAUUGGUUUAGAAAAUGGAUCGAUCAUGUUUUACGAUCAGAUGCUGAAGAAACAAGAUACAAUACAUAUGUUAAGAUCUAUGGUGAAUUGCUUGGCUUGGCAUCCCGAAAGUACGGCGACAGAUAAAUGGAAGUCGCCAGCUGCCAAUUACUUGGCAGUUGCCUCCGAUUGUACUAUAGUAAUUUUUGAUAUGUCAGAACUGAUGAAGGACCUGGAAAGAGCACUUACUAUGGAUUGUGUCGAGGAGGAAGACAGUAAAGAAGAAUGCAAACGCUACAAGACAGUAGCGAUGUUAAAAGGACACAACAAUAAAGUGGUGUGUCUAGCUUGGAGUCCACACUUUAGCGGACACUUAGUAUCCGGUAGUUAUGAUAACGUCGCACAGGUUUGGAAUGUUGAAAAACAGGAACUAAUGGGCACAUAUAUGGGUCACAAUGGACCGGUGCUAUGUUGCAUGUGGAGUCCCUUAAAACCACAAUUGAUAAUGACCGGCUCGUCGGACUUUAUGUUACGCAUAUGGGAUUAUACUUUACCGACGCAGUCGCCGAAGCGAAUCUCCGACAUUAAAGCUGUAAAGAAGAAUCUUAAACAGCAGAAACCACCAAAAAAUUGGUCAAAAAUUAAAAUGAAUGGAGAGCAGAGUAAUACGAUUAAUUUGACUUGUAGUCAAAUUGUCAAAUCGACAAACGGUCAAUCUGAUACAUAUAAUACAAAGUCUGAAAUAGCACCAUCGAAGAAGAAAGAGAAAAAUUCAUAUUUUAGUAAAUAUAACAAAUUGAUAAGCAAUAAAUACAACAUUUUAAAUUUUAUCAGAAACGAUAUAAGUCCGAAACAACAGCAAGACAAAGAUGAUGAUAACAUUGCGAACAUAUCGCUGUUCUCUAAAGAAGAUCUUUCAAAGCUUGUUGAUCAUGAAAAAUCAACACAAGAUUCAAAUACCAGAACUGAGAUGAAUAUAUGGUGCGGUAGUCUGCAAAAUGAUCUAAUAUGCGCGGCUAAAAAUCAAGAAUUAAAUGAUUUUUUGGUAUCGCUUGCGUCUAGCAUUUCUAUGAAAAUGUGGAAAGAAAUGUGCGAAGUGUACGCGCACCAAUUAAUAAGUCAAGGCAAUGUGGAGAAAGCAGUGUCAUAUUUACUCUGCAUACACAAAAUUUACGAAGCCUUAGAAGCAUUUUUAAAUGCUAAUAUGUUUAAAGAGGCUUACGUGCUUGCGAGAUGCAAAUUGGACAUCACUGAUGCGUUUUUAGAAAAGAUAUUAGAAUUAUGGUCGGCAUGGUGUCUUUUGAAUGGUCAAAUGGAGCAAGCAGCUCAUUGUCGUGUAGAAUUGAAGCAGUAUGAUAAGGCGGCGAAAAUUCUUGCUCGUCGGAAAGACGUACAUUGUUUAGAGGUAGCGUCUCAAUUAGCAUUUCUGAGCGGUGAUGAAGGAUAUGGAAUAUCCUUAAUUGUAGAUGCGAUGACACGUGCUCUUGUUAAAUCAGACUGGUCCAAAGCACGUUCCCUUAUCGCAAGUUUCCGACAAAUUCAGUAUUUGAAUGUGCAUAUAGACGCUCACGAGGCGAUUACGAGCGAAUAUAAAAAACGAACUGAGUUAGAAUCAAUGCAGAUGUGGUUGAAGGAAAGCAAUAGAGUAUUACAAACUCUUCAAAUAAAAUAUAGUACAGAUAAUAUAGCUUCUUACUAUGAUGCCUUAUGCAAGAAUGAAAAUACUAAUGCUAUUCUAAAAGAUGGAACAAAAGAAAUAAUGAUGAAAUUGAAUGCUAGUUAUGGAAUUGCUAAAGCAGUUACAUGCGACGAAGAAGAGACUCGAUUGAAACAUUUGACAACAGUAUUAGCUGACAUAUUCCAGCAUGAGGAAAUGGCACGUGAACGCGGAAAUGCAACAGAUAACAAAUUUUUCAUUCAUAUUCUCGCGAUACUGGAUAAUAGGAAGCCAACAGACGAAGACAGCAUUUAUGCGAAAACCAAUUAUCCCGUAUCUCAAAGUAUACGAGCUUACUUAUGCAUCGGUCUUCUAGAUUGGAUUCUUAAUUAUUUGGACAAGUUGUUAGCCGAGGAAGAAACACAAUUUGUGGAUUUGCUAUUGAAUUUGCUUGGCGAUGGCAUAAAUGAAGCGGCUUUCUCUCAUCAAAAUCGAAUUUGUAAACUUACUCACCUGGAAGAACAACUUUUGAAUCUCUGUUUGACUUCCAAUGAUGAUGAUGCUGAUGAAAAUGAUGAGAAGAAAAUGAAGGAGGAGAUCGAUAAAUUAAAACUUGAAGAAAACGAAUUCAGAGAGGAACGAGUUUGCAUACCGAAACCCGAAGUUAUUUACGAUAAGGCUUCUUCACUUGCUUGGAAAUUAAGUGAUGAUAAUCGAUUUCGAUUUUUACAUACUUUAGAGGAGUUAAUUAAUGUACAAGAAAUAAACCAACCCGAAUUAAAAGAAACUCUGUCAAAGAAGCUUAAAAAUAUACCUCAAGAAAUAGACGAUAGUUUGGAAAUACAAGAUAUAAACGGAGCUGAACUUAAAGAAAGUUCGUCAGAAAAGCUUGAAAAUAUAUCUCAAAAAAUAGAAGAAAGUAUGGAAAUACAAUCUAAAAUAGAACAAUAGUUCUAUUAGCUCUCUUAAUUAUAAAAAACGUACAAGCAGAAGAAUAUAUUAACAUCAUUAUAAAUAAUUAGAUAUAAAUUACUCA